GCUCGAUGAGUCAAAAUAAAACGUAUAGAAAACAAAGGCAUUAAAGACCAUCAUAAAAACACUUGAUUCACGCUGAAAAUCAGGACACCGGUACCGCGGUACGAUACACCUCCAAAAACCUAUAAAAGAAGAAUGAUAAGCCAAGAAAAGUGAUCCAGUUCUCUCGAUAGCGAAAACGAUAGUGUUUCAAUACAUAUACUUAAAAAGAUUUUGAGUUUUCAUUUUUUAAAUAGUUUCAAACAUAAUUUUCGAUUUUCAAAAAGAAAUUUUGAAAAAAAAUUCAAACAAAAAAACUAUUAUAAAAAGUUUGAAUAUGAAAAAUUAUAAUUCGAAAACAUAAAAAAUAUUUUUUAUUUAUUUAAAUAAUUAUUUAUUAUAUAUAUAGAGAAUAAAUGUACAAAAGUUUUUUGUCAUUUAAUAAAAAUGUCCUUUUAAUGAUGAUAAAAAUGAACAAUGAUACCAUGAAAAUAGUAAACAUGAAAUUUUCUCAAAUAUGAAUAAUAAAAAAUAAGGAAAUUUUAACUAUGUUUACAUCUAACAAAUAUAUUAAAGUAUAAAUAAUGAUAUUAUAUAUAAAAUAUUUUUAAUUCUUCAAAACAUCUCUAACUAAUCAAAGUUAUAUCAAAAUAAUUGACUACUACAUUAUUAACACAAAUGAAAUUAAUUAAAUAAGUAUACUAAAAAAAUGUUUAAGUUAGAUGACAUUAAAACUUAUAAAUUUUGACAAACAAACCACCUAAAAUCUCUAAUAUUAAUUAAAGAUACAUAUAUAUACUUAAAAAUAUCGAAUUCAGUUUUAUUUACCCACUCCUAAAUUUUAAUUUUAAAAUUUUUGUAAACUACUUUCAGUUCAAAUUCAAAUUAGUCAAAUACAAGUUUGGUUCUUUUUUACUGAUCUCAAUUCUAAAUUUUUUAUCUGGGACAGAUUAAAUUACCCAAAAAUGGUAUCAUUUUAAUUUAUUUUUUUCCGUCACGCGGCGAGACAGUUCCCUCCAUUGUUUUGCCUUUUUCUGGGGAAAAACCCUGAGAGAGCUGACGAAGCGCAGAAGAAAUGAGCUAAUAGUCCCCACACACACACAGUGCUCAACCCUAGAAUCCGCCUUCCUGAUUCUUCUUCCAAGGUACACACUCGACAUUUCCACUUUUCUCUCCGACCGAUUCCGUUGUCCCGGAGAGAGAUGAGAUGUUUCGUGUUCCCGCUCGUGAUUUCUCUCCUCAGGCAAAAUUUCGCUCGCUGUUGUUGAUUUAGAGCUAGGGUUUUACUCUUUUGUCCUUGAGAAACACACACCUUGCAUGCCGCAGCAGUUGAAUCGACUGAAUUAUUCUUCCCAAGAAAGAUGCCUGUAACGCCAGAAGAACCGAGCCGUCGAGAUUAUGCGGUCACAGCUAGGCUUGGGGUUGGAAGCACAGGCAGGAGAAUACAGUUGUGCACCAAUCACUUCAAUGUCUCUGUUGGACAGCCGGAUGUUGUUUUCUACCAGUACACUGUUAGUAUCACCACAGAAGACGGUGAGAAUGUCCAAGGGAAAGGAAUUGGCAGGAAACUUAUUGACCAACUUUACAAGACUUACUCUUCUGAUCUUGAUGGUAAAAGGUUGGCCUUCGAUGGAGAGAAGACUUUGUAUACCGUUGGUCCUCUCCCACAGAACGACUUUGACUUUCAAGUCAUCUUGGAAGCUUCUUUUUCCAAACGUGACUGUGGCGUCUCUGAUGGUGGUAGUCCUUCUGGUUCUUCCAAGAGAUCAAAGCGCUCUUUCCUGCCAAGAAGUUACAGGGUCCAAAUCCACUUUUCAGCAAAAAUACCCUUAAGGAGUGUUCUUGCCACUCAGAGAGGAGUUGACACAUCAGAUAACAGCACUCAGGAUGCAGUUAGAGUGCUUGACAUUGUACUGAGACAGCAAGCAGCUGAAAGGGGGUGCCUGUUAGUCAGACAGGCAUUUUUCCUUAACGAUGUGAACUCUGUUGAUGUUGGGGGAGGCGUAAUAGGGAUUCGAGGUUUCCAUUCCAGCUUUCGUCCAACCGAUGGAGGACUCUCGCUUAACAUUGACGUGUCAACGACUAUGAUCUUAAAACCAGGUCCAGUUAUCGAAUUUCUGAAAGCCAAUCAGAAUGUUGAGUUGCCUAGACAGAUCGACUGGAUUAAGGCCAGCAAAGUGCUUAAAAAUCUGAGGGUAAAGGCAUCACACCGUAACAUGGAAUUCAAAAUUAUAGGUCUAAGUGCGAAACCGUGCAAUCAGCAGCUAUUUACAAUGAAAAUUAAAGAUGGCGAGUGUGAAGGACAGACUAAAGAGAUUACUGUGUAUGAGUAUUUUAAGCAAACUUACACAGAGCCUACUUAUUCUGCGUACUUGCCAUGCCUUGAUGUCGGCAAGCCAGAUCGCCCCAACUAUCUUCCACUGGAGUUCUGUAAUCUUGUAUCUCUGCAACGUUACACAAAAGCAUUGUCAGUGAGGCAAAGAGCUUUACUUGUUGAAAAGUCAAGACAAAAACCCCUAGAGAGAAUUAAAGCACUCAAUGAUGCAAUGCACACCUACUGCUAUGAUAAAGAUCCGUUUUUAGCCGGAAGCGGCAUAUCUAUUGAAAAACAAAUGACUCUAGCUGAAGGCCGGGUUCUAAAUCCCCCAACGCUGAAGUUUGGAAAGAAUGAGGAUUUUUUACCUAGCAACGGACGCUGGAACUUUAACAAGAAGAUGCUUAUAGAACCAAGGGCUAUUAAGAACUGGGCUGUAGUCAACUUUUCUUUUCCAUGCGACAGUAGUCACAUUUCCCGUGAGCUCAUAAGCUGUGGCAUGAGGAAAGGCAUUGAAAUUGAUCGACCUUUUGCACUAGUUGAAGAGGAACCCCAGUCUAAAAACUUGAGUGCUGUUAAAAGGGUAGAGAAAAUGAUUGCAAAGAUGAAGUCGAAAUUUCCAAUCGAUCCUCCUCAUUUCAUUCUCUGUGUCUUGCCAGAACGGAAGAACUCAGAUAUCUAUGGUCCCUGGAAGAAGGUUUGUCUCACUGAAGCAGGGAUCAACACGCAAUGCAUCUGCCCUACGAAGAUCAAUGACCAAUAUCUCACCAAUGUACUUCUGAAGAUAAAUUCUAAGCUUGGCGGCAUAAAUUCUCUGUUGGGAAUGGAGUGCUCUUCCAACAUUCCAUUGAUUAACAAAAUUCCCACCUUAAUCUUGGGUAUGGAUGUAUCUCAUGGGUCUCCAGGUCGUGCAGAUGUUCCUUCGAUAGCAGCGGUUGUUGGUUCAAAAAACUGGCCCUUGAUCUCAAGGUACAGGGCAGCUGUGAGAACUCAGUCACCAAAAAUGGAGAUGAUUGAUUCGCUCUUCCAACCAGUCGAGGACCCUGUGAACGGAGACAACGGUAUCAUGAACGAAUUGUUUGUGGAAUUUUUCAAGACAAGCAACGCACGAAAGCCUAAGCAGAUUAUCAUAUUCAGGGAUGGAGUAAGUGAAUCACAGUUCAACCAAGUCUUGAACAUUGAGGUGGAUCAGAUUAUAAAGGCGUAUCAACGUCUUGGUGAAACCGAUGUGCCGAAAUUCACUGUCAUCGUGGCUCAGAAAAGACACCACACGAAGUUGUUUCAAGCCAAGGGUCAUGAAAAUGUUCCUGCAGGAACCGUUGUGGACACCAAGAUUGUACAUCCGACCAACUACGAUUUUUACAUGUGUGCUCAUGCAGGGAUAAUAGGAACUUCAAGACCAGCUCACUAUCAUGUUUUGCUGGAUGAGAUUGGUUUCUCUCCGGAUGAGUUGCAGAAUCUCAUCCAUUCUCUCUCCUAUGUCAACCAGCGGAGCACAACUGCAACCUCAAUUGUGGCUCCAGUUAGAUACGCUCAUCUCGCAGCAGCUCAAUUUGCGCAGUUCACAAAGUUUGAAGAUAUAUCGGAAGAGAAAGUCCCGGAGCUUCCACGUUUGCACGAGAGAGUCGAAAGCAACAUGUUCUUCUGCUGAGUAGAUAAAUAAAUAUAAGUAGACGUAGUUCUGCUUACUCUCUAGUCUCAAGCCUAAUGAACUCUCUUUGGAGGAAAGCUUAUCGUUUUGCAUAUAUACGCAGUCAUCAUCUAGCGUACAGUCUUAAUAGGAGUAUGGAGAAGGAAGAGCCCUCUCGUAGAUUUUGUUUUCAAAAGAGGCUCGUAGGAUUAUUACUAUUAUUCGUAGCCCAAGUGUGCUUGCUUACUGAAGGACACACAGUGUUUACCGUUUUUGUUGAUUUCCUUAAAACAGCGGUUUACAAGGCUUCGGGUUAAAAUUCGGUUUAUUUA